UCGCGUCACACUAGUGCCUGGAAUAUGGAAGGUAGCUAAGAGCUUCAUAUGAUACGAACCUCAUAGCAACAACCAAAUCUUUUACUUCUUACAAAUCGUAUCUCAAUCACAAUUGAUUUCCUUUCUCCAUACCCUUUUUAAAUCCCAUACAAUAAACAGCCGCCAAGAUGGGUUCUGAUCCUCAAUACGCAAAGUAUCCUCUACUGCCCAUCGCCCAACACAUCUUCACCAUCACAAACCCAUCCGCCUCCAAAGCAACCCAACAAACAUCUUUGAAAAGUCUCCAAGAUGCAAUUACCGAACAUAAGAUGGCUCCUCUUUACAGAUACUUGGCACACCCACAAGAUGGUAUUUUGAACGAUGCUGGAGUUACAACUUCGAGUGCGACGAGUGCUAUUGGUAGAAAACCAAGUGCAGCUGGAUUAGUGGCGAGCAAAAACUCAAUACCAAAGGUUGAUUUACCGUGGGAUGAGGCUUUAUAUCAGAAAUUAACAAAAGAGAACGAUGAGGAGUUAGAGGGGUUCAAGAAGGAAGAGGAAGAGGCGGCAGAAAAGGCGGGGGAGACUGAAGUACAAGCUGCUAGAGGGAAGCGGGCAGAAUUCUGGGCUCGAGUUGGAGACAAGGUAUGAAUGUUUGCGGUAUGAUACUUCAUGAAAUACUAAUAUAUGAAAUUACUAGGACCGAGCGAUUGCUGCAUACGAAGAAGUAUUUGAGAAGACUGGUGUUUUAGGAACCAAGAUUGAUCUUGUCCUUGCAAUUAUUCGCAUGGGCCUGUUUUAUGGCGACAAGCUAUUAGUCAAGAAGCACGUCGACCGCGCAAAGGCAUUAGUAGAGAGUGGUGGAGAUUGGGAUCGUCGAAACAGAUUAAAGGCAUAUACUGGACUCUACCUCUUGACUGUCAGAUCCUACAACACUGCAGCACCACUUCUCCUAGACAGUCUCUCCACUUUCACCAGUUACGAACUCUGCUCAUACUCAUCCCUCGUCGUAUAUUCCGUUCUCGCUGGUUCCGUCUCGCUCAAGCGUGUUGACUUCAAAUCUAAAGUCGUCGAUGCUCCGGAAAUCAAGGCCAUUCUCGGAGAUGGUGAGGAUAAACUUCUAGCAUUAUCAGGAGCCAUUUCAGCAGGUCCUGGUGCUGAUGAAGAUAUGCAAGAUGUCACAGUAGCAGCUCCAUCCGCUGCUAAAACUGCAGUAAAUCUCACUACUCUCGGCACAGGCACAGAUGUUCAAGAAGCAGAGGCGGCACUCGAUUUCUCUCCUCUGGCUCAACUUGUUUCAAGUCUAUACACUGGUAGUUACCGUUCAUUUUUUGGUGCUCUCGCCGCGGUUGAGGUAAACUUUCUUACUCAAGAUCGUUACCUCUAUGAGCACCGUGGUUGGUUCGUUAGAGAGAUGCGUUUAAGAGCUUACCAACAACUCCUUCAAAGUUACCGAGUUGUAGGUCUUGAGAGUAUGGCAAAUGAUUUCGGUGUUUCAGUAGAUUUCCUUGAUCGGUAUGUUUUUAUUUCCCUUUCAGUGCCCUUACCCUGCCUUCCCUCUUCGACUUCUCUUUAACUCCAUGAAUGCACAUUAUCUAACACAAACCCCGAAUAGCGACCUAGCAAAAUUCAUCGCCGCAGACCGUAUCCCCUGCACCAUUGACCGCGUCACCGGCAAAGGCAUCAUCGAAACCAACAGACCCGAUGAUAAAAACAAGCAAUACAACGAUGUCGUCAAGCAAGGUGAUCAGUUGAUCACUAAGUUACAGAAAUAUGGACAAGCGGUUAGAUUGAGGGGGAGUGAAAGAGCUUAGGGAUUAGAAGCUAUGAGUUGGGGGAUGGGGUUAGAACUGGGAAGGAAAAGAGAUACCAGAGAUGAAAAGAUGAACUUGCAUGCUUGCGUGUAUGCUUGCAUCAAUACCCACCUACAGACAUAUAUUUUUGUAAGAUUACGAUAAUUACAAUCUUAUGAUGGCA